AUGGGUCGAAUGGCAGAAGCGCAGCGAAGGCUGCUCGAGCAAAUGAUGGGCCCCGAAGCUAUGGGUAUACAACCUAUCAACGUAGAUUGGUGGUCUGAGAAAGUCUGUAGAAACUUUUUGUUCGGUACUUGUCCUCAUAUAUUAUUUGGUAAUACCAAAAUGGAUCUUGGACCUUGUCCUAAAAUCCAUUCUGACAGAAUAAUCAAACAAUUCCAAGAACACGCACUGGCCAAUCCUGCUGAUCCUAGGGUGGCAGCUUUCAAGCAGGAACACGAGAAUAAACUGUAUGGUUUCGUCGACGAUGUAGAUAGGAGAAUCAGGGCGAGUCAAAGGAAACUAGAGAAAACUCCAGAAGAGAACAGGAAAACCAUUGAUCUGAUGAGAGAAAUUGGUGAAAUUGAGUUAUCAAUCCAAGGAGGAACAGAAGAGAUCGAAGCUUUAGGAGAAGCUGGUAAGGUUGAGGAAUCAAUGGAUAAAUUAGCAGCCGUAGAUGCUCUAAAACAACUUAAAGCGGAUAAAGAGAAAGAAUUGACUCACCUGAAUGAAAAUGCUGGUGCGAGUGGUCAUCAGAAAUUGAGAGUUUGUGAGACUUGUGGUGCGAUGUUGUCUGUUCUUGAUUCAGACAAGAGACUUGCAGAUCAUUUCGGUGGUAAACUCCAUUUGGGUUAUCAUGAACUUCGAAAACUAUUGGGUAUAUUCGCAGAAGCAAGAAUGACAGGAAGACCAUGGCCCAUCAUGAUAAAAGAUGAUUCAGCAUCAAACAGUGAUCCAACUGAUCCCGAAAACCCAGUUUCCAUUUCAAACCCCACUCCUUCAGCCCCUGCCACCGUCUCUGUUUCUGCUCCCGCACCAGUGGAAUCCGCUCCGAUGCCACCGUCCGCACCUGCUGGACCAAGAAACACAUUGUUACCUCCUCAAAUAUCAGAAACACCUCAUACUCCCAUACACUCAAAGAUACCUCCAAUGGGUGAGAUGCCAGUUGUAGGUCACGGAGAUAAAGUGAAAAGAGAAGCUGGUGAAUUAGAAGAUGAUUUGAGAGAAACAAGGACGAAAAGUAGAGAUAGAGACGAUGGUCAUAGAGAAAGGGAGAGAGGGGAUAGACAUAGGGAUGAUAAAUACGAGAGAGAGAGAAGUAGUAGAUACGACGAACGUGAUCGUGGUGAUCGUGAGAGAGAGAGACAUGGCGAUAGGCGUGAUCGUGAUCGAGAGAGGGAUAGGUAUAGAGACCGUGAUGGCGAGAGUGGUCACAGGGAUAGAAAGUAUGAAAGAGAGAGAUCAAGGUCACCUUCAAAAAGGAGAGUUCUUUAG